CCGUGAACCCAUGUCUUCGGCCUGUCUGCCACGCCGACGCCUCCUGCAUUCACACUGGUCCAAACCAGCACCUGUGCGCCUGCAACCAGGGCUACAGCGGUGACGGGCGCGUCUGCAUGCCGGUUAAUCCCUGCCAGACCCAAAAUGGAGGCUGCGCCCCUGAAUCUACCAGCUGUGUCUACACUGGGCCAGGAAAGUCUCGCUGCGAUUGUCUUCCUGGCUUUGAAAGACGGUCCGGUGAGGGCUGCACCCUCAAAGACGCCUGCAAGCCUGCUUCCUGCCACAAGAACGCCAACUGCAGCACU